AUGUCUUCAGACUAUAAUGCAUCUAAUAUUGACAUUGAUGAUGUGAAAUUCGUUGAGAUCAUCAAACAGACUGAUAGGGCCUUUCUGUGCCGAGCCCGCUGGCAAGACAAGGACUGUGUGCUCAAAGUGUUCGCUCCUUAUAGAUGGCGGAGGUGGGACCCACCGUUCCGCUCCAUCGACCUUUUCAAAAAUGAGAGCCGCACAUAUAGUCGAUUGAAGGCCCGAGGCUUUUGUGAACGAGGAUCUGUGCCUGACUUCUAUGGGAUGGUUGAGAAUAUUGACCCCGAGGCAAAGGGCUGGCAACCUCAGCUCAAGGAAUUCUAUGACAAAACUUUCCCUCAAGGUCACGAUCCCGAGGCUCGCCCAAAUGGUGUCCUGAUGGAAUAUGUUCCUGAUGUGAACAUUUUUGACAUCUCUAACUAUACAGAGGAAAGAGCUCGCAAAUUCCACCAGCUCCUGAUGGACAUUCAUGAGGCUGGGAUUGUACACCUUGAUCCUUAUUUCCAAAACAUGCUGAUCCAGGGUGAUUCUGAUCGGGUACUCUGGAUCGACUACGAACUUGCCCAGAUAUUUGACCCAGAGCACUCAGAGCACCCAGAUUUUUCGUCGAUGAAAAAGAAUUCAUGGCUGCCUUUAUGGAAGCGCUGGUAG